GCAUGGGGUAAUCGUAAUCAGUAAUCGUAAUCAGCUGUAAUCGAUUACAUUUUGUCAUGUAAUCACAUGUAAUCAGUAAUCAUUCAUUUUCUGAUUACAAGUAAUCGGAAUGUAAUCGAUUACAUUGCAAAAAACAGGUGUAAUCAUGAUUACUUUUAGAUUACUUUUAGAUUACAUUUAUAUGAUUACUUGAUGAUUACAAAUUUUAGAGACAUAUUUUUUUUUUAAAUAAAUCAUGCUGGCACAUUAAACUUAGGUUUACAAUGUUUUACAUUGUCCAAUUGUCAUUGAUCUUUAUUACUGUUUGAAAAAGUUUUGUAUAACUAUGGUUAAGAUUUGAGAUUGAUUUAAGAUUUAAACUAUUUAAUUAGAAAAAAGUGAAACAUGUUUAUUUUCUAUACUUCAGUGAUCACACUGGUUUAAACUAGAAUUUUCUUAGUAUUAACUCUUGCAUUGAAAUCUACUCACUAGUUAUUUUCACUCUUUUUAUUGGAUAUUUAAAUUUUCUUUGUUGAAAGAUUUUAUUUAUAUUAUAAGUCUAUAACUAAGCUUUUAUCUUUAAUUUUUGAAUUGGAUGUUAUGUUGAAAUUUAUAUAAAAUGUCUGCUUUGAAACACUUUGUGUUUCCCGAUCAUGCACCAAAUUCUGGGACUGUGAAGGCAAAGUGCAAAUAUUGUCCAACAUACAUCUCUGGCAAUGCCAAAACAACAUCAAACUUUGUGACACAUUUAAAGAGAAAGCACAGAGACAUUUUCAUUCAAAGUAAAUCUGAGGAUGGUACACAAAUAUCGCAAACAAAUAUAAGCAACUUUACAAAAUCUACAUCAGUUUCAAAAUACUCUGCCAAUGAUGCUUCUCAAAUGCAGAUUACAGAUGCUUUGGUUUCAUUUGUAGCUGGAAAUUUAACACCACUCUCAGUUGUAGAGAGUCCUGAAUUCAAGACCUUUGUCGAAUCAUUGAAUCCAAAAUAUCAACUUCCUAGCAGGAAACAUCUUUCUAGCAAAAUAUUACAUCAGAAAGCAAGCAAUAUUCAAUCAAAUAUAAAGGAAAAAUUACGCUCAGCAGAAAGUGUGUGUCUGACUAUCGAUUUAUGGUCUAAUCGUCAGAUGAAGGGAUUCUUAGUAUCACUUUACUUAACUUGUAUAUAUUUAUGAUAUUAAAAAAAUUCUAUAGAUUUAGUUUGUUGAUGUUAUGUAAAAUAUACAAUGUAAUCAUAAGUAAUCACAAGUAAUCAUGAUUACAAUGGAGAAAAGUAAUCUAAUGUAAUCAAUUACAUUUGAAAUUGGGUGUAAUCAUAAUGUAAUCGAUUACAUAAAAUAAGCAAAGUAAUUGUAAUGUAAUCGAUUACAUUUCAAAGUAAUCGACCCCAUCCCUGUCUGU